UGACUUCACGUGUGUGUUUUGUAAAGUUCCUUGAGUCUGAGUCGGUGGGAGUCUCCCAACACUUGACCAACACCGUCUUCGUGGACCGAGCCUUGAUCGUGGUGCCGUUCGCAGAAGAUCUCGCUAAUGAGCAGUCUGAGGUAUUACUAAGGAGGUAUUUGGCAAAAGGAAAAUGUAAAUUUGUGUCCAUUUUAUGUCUUGCAAUCUAGGUGUAAACUUCUCUCUGUUAUUUGUGUUGUGGUUUUCAUAGUGAACAAGUCAAUUGCAGAGAGCCCCUUCCUUGCUGGCUGAAAGUGGUCCUCUGCUGCCAUCAGGAGAUUAGAAAAAAUAUGGCACCAGGCUUGCAAGCCCCUCUUGUCUCUCUCUCUCUAAACCUUUUCCCCCCCUCUCUAUUUAAGGAAUAUUCUCUUAGAUAUACUCACGCAAACUCAUCAAAUUUAUAAGAGCAGGAGUUAGGCUUAUCAACACACUUCUUAUCUCCAAAUCAAAUUAGUUGGGGCAUCCCGACAACUAUAUAGCCACAUGCAUGUGCAGAAUUUAUGUAAUAUUCACAUUACAAAUACAGCUAUUGUAUUCCAAAAAUUGCAAUAAUUAACCCAUAGAGCAAGUAGUCUUUUUAUUAUUAUUUUUUUUACCUGAGCGUCUCCACACAUAACUCUGAAAGGGUUGAGUGCAUCUCCCAUUUUAACAGUGGUGUUUCUUUUGUUGUUGUGUUUUACAGUUCUUUUUCCUGGUUCAGCCAACCCUAUAUACCAGGCCCUGCUGCAAAUGCCACCAACCGUUUUGUCCUGUGCAGCAUUAUCCUGUUUCUCAAGUGUCAGUUCUGUUGUUGCAGUGCACGUGUGUAUGUGUAUGCGUGCGUGUCUCCCUUUUACAAAAUGAAAAAGAAAAAAAAAAAUUUGCAGAUUGAACAACCUUGGAUUGAUCGUCUCCAUAAGGGCUUCCUAUUUUGAGUUGACUGUUUUUUUUUCCAGCUUUGGGCGCAUAUUAAUGUUUUUAUUUUUUUAAUCAUGGUUUUUGCUGGUAAUAACCUAUUAAGAGUGUUUGGUAUAGUUACACGUACUAUAUAUUGUGUAGAGUUGUUGACAAAACCCAGAGGUUUGUAUCUUGAUGCCAAGCAGUUAUUGUUAUGUUACCAUGGUACCCCAUUUCCUCUAAUAGUGGGCACCACCCUUUUUUUUUUUUUUUUUUUAGUUUGGUAGAUAUCAUGGUGUUUUAAAGCUAAAUUUAUUCUGGUUUCACAACACAGAGUUUCUCAAAAGUCGUACACUUCCUUUUUUCCUGAUUUGUUUCAGGUAUUUGGAUAGAUGUGAGGCCAUAACCUCAGACAGCUUAGGCUUUUCUGUUUUUGUAAGCACAUCAUUCCCUUGCCCAUGGCUUGCCAAUUGACAUUGGAGUAGUGUUGCAAAAUUGCUGCCUGCCAAGAAGUUUUUCUGUCCCUGACUGCAGUACAGCGCCAAUUAGAGAAGUUCUAUGACCGUCACACUGUACAAUUUACGGUAUCCUUUGCAAGUCUCUCAAAACAGGAUCAGUUCUUGAUGCAGAACACAGCAGAUGGUCUGCUUCUGUACUACCACCACUGAGGAAACAACUUAAAUCUUAUUGCACGCGUUCACCCAAAGCCAGGGAAUGUGUAUCUAGAGGGCUGCACUGGAACUCCACUUCAACAUAAGCUCGGUUCAGUGGAUGUGUCGGAGCCUGAUAAAGCUUUACCUGUAAGGACCUCGAGUUGUUUAAAACUGCAAAGGCUAAGCUAUCAAAUGCUGGCAGCCUCACGUCUGUCUGAAAGACACCUGAAAUGAAAUACAAAAAGACAAAAGGAAAUGAGACUUUUGGGACACCGCCUCAAUGGUUGGAACAAUUUGGAAUGCAAUGAAAAUGUUUUGGAAAACCUAGAGACUUAGGUGUAUUAUAUAGUGAUUGACUAAUUUACAUGCUUGUACAAAAGUUAUGAAUGGUAAAAUAAUACAUUGCCUGUACAGUUGAUGACUGAGUAUCACCCUUGAACGGAUUAAUUCACUUUGCAUUUGCACUGGAACCUGGAAGUCAACCAAGAUCACGAAACGGAUUGUGUUUUACUUUGAGAUGUACAGAAUCAUAUGUGUACUAUUUAUUACAAAAUAAUUUUUUUUUGUGAAAAACAUCAAAAACAAUUGAUCAUUAUGAAAAUAAACGGCUGUAUCCCUGGUACUCUAUGCAUGUGAGUGAGCGCAGAUCGUCCCCGGCCACUAUAUGAGGAAACGGGGUCUAUUGUUGUACUUACUUUACAAAGUAACUAGCAACAAAAGCCCAGAAAAGGUAAAUGAAUGAGCCUUUUCUGUUUGUGUAUUGGUAAGCGCUAUUGAAAUGUUCCUCUGUUGACACUCAAAUCACAAACUUUGUUUUUUGUAUCUCAAUGUUUCUGUGUGCUUUAUAGCGAAGCAGCCGGCGCGAGUCGAUUGUUCAUUAAACACCUAAUGAAAGUUGAGAGCACAUCCCACGGGACAACCGGCUGUGCUUGCUUACGUUUGGUUCAUGACUUAAAAAACAAGCACAGGAGUCAUUCCUGAUGAAUCUAAAGCUAUGUCGUUGCUGGCUCCGGCCAACGCCGUGGCGGGAAUGAUGCCUGGGGGGGGCCUCCUUCCAACACCUAAUCCUCUGACUUCUGUGGGAGGAACACCGUUUGGUGGUGUCGGAGCUCCCAACCUGGAGCAAAUGGCUGCAAUGGGAAUAGGACCUAACAUGAACCCCCAGGCUCUUUCUGCAGACUUUCUGAAGCUAAUACAGUCCAUGGAUCCAAAGUUGAAUCCACUUGCAGCUGGGUUGAACCUAAAUCCUGGCUUGAAGAACGACGGCUCCAACAAGGAAAUUGAAGAGGCCAUGAAGCGAGUCCGAGAGGCCCAGUCUCUCAUUUCUGCUGCCAUCGAACCAGGAAGUAAGAAAGAUGACAAACGCAAACAUUCUCGAUCCCGCUCACGGUCACGGCGCAGACGCUCCAGAUCUCGCUCAAGACACCGGCGCUCUCAGAGCAAGUCUCGGAGGAGGUCCCGUUCGAGGAACAGGAGGAGGUCCAAGAGCCCACGGAGGAGGAGGUCUCACUCCCGAGACAGAAGCCGCCGCAGCAGAUCGAGGGACAGGAAGGAGGAAAAAUCCAAGAAGAGGUCAAAGACGCCACCCAAAAGCUACAGCAGUGCAAGGAGGUCUCGCAGUGUUAACCGGAGGCACAGGCGAAGCCGCAGUGUAUCCAGGUCUCCCAAGAAACACUUGACCAGGUCUCCAUCGCCCAGACGGCACAAGAAGGAGAAGAAGAAGGACAAGGAUCGUGAGAAGGAGCGAGAUAGGGAGAGGAGAGAGCACAGGGACCAAAGCAGAGAGCAGAGAGAACGCUCGUCCAGUAAGAAGAGCAAAGACAAAGAGCGUGACCGCAAGUCAGACAGCGACAAAGGCGAUGUCAAGGUGACACGGGAUUACGACGAAGAGGAGCAAGGCUAUGGCAGUGAAAAGGAACUGGAGGAGGACGACGAGGAGAGGAAGAGUGACUCCGACUCUGCCUCAUCGCCCAAAGGUCUCGACGAGAUGGAGAGAUGCCAAGGCCCCGCGCCCAAAAAGUCCAAAGUCAAUGGAGACGAUCACCAUCAGGAAGACAUGGACAUGAGCGACUAAGAUCCCCCUUUACAAGAUAUUUUUAACGUAGGAUACAUAUUACUGUGCCUGAUCAAUUCAAAUACAAACAAUGUUAACUGUAAAAAAAUGGAGGUGUAGAAUGUAGGUCUUUAUGUAUAACACAACUUAUAGUUAGUUAUGUACUUUUUGUGCUCAAGUGUCUCUGUGACAGUAGACUACAUGCAUCAGUUUUCAACUGUUGUAAAAACUCGUUAGGAUGAUUUGUCUUGACAUCUGUACUCCUUUUUCUGACUAUUCAGCAUUUCCCAUCACACACCCAGUCACUUACAGUUCCAGUCCUUUAUAUGUGUAUGUUGAAGUUUGAUAUUGUUUUCAAAGGAAACUAAUAAAAUUGGAGCAAAUUGUCACCA